AUGUGUCCUUGAAGUGGAGUGCGAUAAUAAAUUUGACCUUGACUACUUAGAACAUCGUGGUAUUUCGUGUUGAAGACUGCCUUUUACAGGUGUAUAAUGCGACUGCACCCUGUUCGCUUGGCUCGCUCAGCUUUACUAUGUUUUCUUAUUCUAUUUUGCAUGGUUGGUCUUUACCGCAAGUUUGUUGGAAACCACCCUUCUAAAUCAGAAAAUCAGAAUGCUAAUGAAUUGUCAUCAUUAAACAAAGAGUAUAAACUAGCCGAGCGGAUUGACUGGGAGAAUUACACUUUUUCUGCAAUAGAGAGAUCGAGACGAGGUCCUGGGGAAAAUGGGAUGGCUGUUCGGCUGUCUUCUGAAGAAAAGGAGAUGUCAGUUAGGACCCAAAAUAUGAACGGUUUCAGUAUAUAUGUCAGCCAAAAAAUUAAGGUAGACAGAUCCGUUAAAGACAUUCGGCAUCCUAAAUGUAAAGGAACUUUAUACUCAAGUGUGCUUCCAAAAGCGUCGGUAAUAAUUCCUGUUUUUAAUGAACAUUGGGAAACUCUCCUACGAACUGUUUCAUCGGUUAUAAAUCGAGCACCUUCAACGUUAUUAAAAGAAGUGAUUCUAGUUGAUGAUGGGAGUUUGCGGGAAUAUUUAAAGGACAAACUUGACAACUUUCUUGCAUCUGCCUAUCCUGAUGGUAAAGUUCGUGCAAUUCAUUUGAAGAAGCGGGAAGGUCUUAUUCGAGCCAAGUUGGCUGGUGCCAAGGAAGCUACUGGGGACGUAUUAAUAUUCCUAGAUUCUCAUUGUGAGGCUAGUACCAACUGGCUUCCACCCCUACUGGAUCCAAUUGCCGAGAAUUACAGAACCGUUGUGUGCCCAUUUAUUGAUGUUAUAGAUGCUGAUACCUUUGAAUAUCGCGCACAAGACGAAGGUGCCCGUGGGGCAUUUGAUUGGGAGUUAUAUUAUAAGAGACUUCCGCGCCUACCAGAGGAUAGCAAUCAUCCCGAAAAACCUUUUGACAGCCCAGUAAUGGCAGGAGGUUUGUUUGCAAUUAGUGCCAAAUGGUUUUGGGAGCUAGGAGGUUAUGAUCCUGGUCUAGUUAUUUGGGGUGGGGAACAGUAUGAACUGUCGUUCAAGAUAUGGAUGUGCGGAGGACGUAUGGUUGAUGCUCCAUGUUCAAGAAUAGGUCACAUUUAUCGUAAGUACCACACUGACUUCCCCGCAGCAGAUUUGGGAAAUUUUGUUACUCGAAAUCAUAAGCGUGUUGCAGAAGUUUGGAUGGAUGAAUACAAAGAGUACGUGUAUAGAAGGCAACCGCAAUAUCGUAAGGUAGAUGCUGGUGAUUUAUCUGAACAACAUGAACUUCGAAAGCGACUUCAAUGCAAAUCUUUCAAGUGGUUUAUGACAGAAAUCGCAUUUGAUUUAGUAAAAAAAUAUCCUCUUAUUGAGCCAGUACCAACGGCUGUUGGAGAAAUACGGUCUGUUGCUGAUCCGUCUUUAUGUUUGGAUGCAUUAGGAGCAACCGAAAAUGUUCCCCUUAGAUUACGCCCUUGCAUUAAAGAUAGGCGUAGUUCAAGUGGUGUUCAAAACUUUGUGUACAAUUACCAUGAAGAUAUUCGUAUCAUGAACAAAAAAUCCUGUCUGGAUGUGCCUAACUUUAAAGACAAGGCUUCCAUAUUUUUAUAUACAUGUCAUGAAAUGCGUGGUAAUCAACAUUGGAAAAUUAAGCCUACGAAUGGGAAUAAACAGAAUCCUGUGAACAUAAUCCAUCCGGAAUCUCAACACUGUUUAGAUUGUCAUCCAAAAGAAUUGGUGGUUUAUGUCACUCAAUGCGACCACAGCUCACCUACUCAAAGUUGGAAUUGGGAGACAAUCCAGUUUGACAUCGCCGAGAAAUCGUUAAAAGAAGCUGGAUUGUAGUGAGAUUGGAAAUAUUUAGACUUCUUAUAUGGACCAGAUUCCCUAUACACCCUCUGCCCAAACUCUGUGAUAUUUGUAUGUCCAACAUAUUUUGUUUUUCUUUUAUGACCUUUUUCUUAAAUAUAUGGAAGUAUUUUGAAAUAAAUAUUUUCUCGAAGUA